CUAGGCUACCUCUGUAAUGCGUCCUUAGGAGACAUCUGCUGGUCACGUUCAGUAGCCUAUGCAACGGAAACGAUUUCUCUAAGGAAAACUACUGAAAACGUUAUUGCAAUGUCUACCGAGUAUUUUCGAGAUAUUUCAAAGAUAUCCUAUUCGCAAAGUGCUGGUGCCAAGGACGUGUUGUGCUUUAAGCACUACAAUGCCGGGGAAGUGUUGCAUGGAAGAACUAUGGAGGACUGGCUAAGAUUCUCCGUAUGCUACUGGCAUUCCUUCUGUGGAACUGGUGCUGAUCCUUUCGGAUUCCCCACGCUCCAUCGACCUUGGAAUGAGGGAGGCAGCCCAAUGGAAAUGGCAAAGAAAAGACUCCAUGCUGCCUUUGAGUUCUUCACCAAACUUGGCGUGAAGUAUUACACGUUCCAUGACAGGGACAUGGCCCCAGAGGGGUCCACCCUGGAGGAGUCCAACCGUAACCUGGACGAGAUGACCGACCUGGCCCUGGUACUCCAGAAGCAGACUGGGGUCAAAGUGCUGUGGGUCACCUGCAACCUGUUUGCCCAUCCCAGAUACAUGAACGGUGCCUCCACAAAUCCAGACAGCCAUGUGCUGGCCUACGCUGGGGCUCAGGUGAAGAAAGGACUGGAUGUGGCCAAGAAAUUAGGCGCUGAAAACUUUGUGUUCUGGGGAGGCAGAGAAGGCUUCCUGUCAAUAUACAACACUGACGUGGCUGCUGAGUUGAAACAUAUGGCAAACUUUUUCAAAAUGGCAGUUGCGUACAAGGAAAAGAUUGGCCUGAAGUGCCAGUUCCUCAUUGAGCCAAAGCCGAAGGAGCCAUGCAAGCACCAGUAUGAUUACGACGCUAUGAGUGUUAUCGGCUUCCUGAAACAUUAUGGCCUGGAUCAGCAUUUCAAGCUCAACAUCGAACCUAACCACACCACUCUGGCUGGCCAUUCCUAUGAACACGACAUUGUCAUGGCCUCUGUGUUUGGGAUGCUGGGGUCAGUGGACUCCAACACAGGGUCGCCUGAUCUCGGCUGGGACACUGACCAGUUCCCCAUGGACAUCAGGAACACCACCAUAGUGAUGAAGACUGUGAUUGAACAGGGUGGUCUGCAGCCAGGGGGCUUGAACUUUGAUGCCAAAGUUCGGCGCGAGUCCACUGACCUGGAGGACCUCUUCAUAGCCCAUAUUGCAGCCAUGGAUGCUUUUGCAAGAGGCUUACGAAACGCUGUUCGGAUCAUUGAAGAAGGAGUUAUUGAUGGCAUGCUCAAGGAGCGUUACCUGAGUUUCAAGGAGGGGAUUGGACAGAAAGUGGAGGAGGGCGUGGCCUCACUGGAGGAUCUUGAGGAAUUCAUUAAGCAAAAUGGAGAACCAAAGGUCACAUCAGGAAAGCAGGAGAAAUGUGAAUCUGUUUUUAACCAUUACCUGUGAUUAAAUGUAGCCUGGUCCUGAAUGAGGAAUUACAUUUCUUCCAAUCUGGGUCAAAUUCAGUUGAUUGUAGCCUAUUUGUAGUUGUGCUUUGUGGCAGUCGUGCUUUAGACUUUGAACUAGUUUCAUGAUGUUGUCUAGUCUGUUUAUGUAUGCUAUUACCCUACUUAAAUCUCAGACUGCAGACAGCAGGAUUUCACAAAAUGGCUAGAGAAAUCAUGUUUUGAAAAGAAAAUGUAGCCAUUCCUUUGUUAGUCUGUAUGAUUAUUUCAUUGAAGAAUGACUCACUGAUUCCUGAAGACACUGCUUUGCAACUGACUAAUGUUAGAAGAACGAUUCAAUUAAAUCUGCACACAUCCUCUUUACCCCCCCCCCCCCCCCCCCAUACUCACAUAUGAAUGAAAUAAAAACUAAAACUGUAAA